GAAGUCAAGCUGUUUGCCUGAUCCAUUUUUCAUUGUUCGCCCCGCUUUCCCCACUUUGAACGAGGGCUUGUGGCAUCAGGAAGUUAAAAGGAGUCAGGAGGGUGGGAAAAAGGGGAGUGUUUCUUUUAAAAAGAGAGUGAGAUUGGAGAGGAGGACACAGGCACUCAAAACCCUGUCUGUGCUCGGUAUAUUAGGCAGCCAGUGCUCUUGGCUGGGAGCCCAGACGAGGCUUUUGUAAUCAAAACAUGAUCUUGUAUGCUGUGCAACCAGUGCUGAGAAAGGCCGUCUGAUGGCUCUCCUCUUUUAGCUCUGCUCUGGAAUCCGCUGGGCUUCGCCGCGAUGUCCAACAUGCACCGAGCUGAUGCUGCUGUGGAUGAUGCAAUGUUAAGGAAGAAAGAGCUGAAAGAUGUUGAACUCGACAAGAAAAUCUUGGCUUUGCGGAAAAAGAAUGAAGCGCUCAUCCGAAGAUACCAAGAAAUAGAAGAGGACAAGAAGCGAGCUGAGCAGGAGGGAAUGGCGGUUACCUCCAGGAGACCCAAGCAGGAUGGACUCACUAUUACUAUCACUAAGGCUCACAAUGACAAAAGGAUUGUGAGCGAGAAGCGGGUGAGCCCCUGUCCUACGAGCCCUGGGUUUGGCAUUGGCAGUGAGGAGGAGGAGGAGGAGGAGGAAGCCGAUCAUAUGUUCACAUUCAGGAUGGGGAAGAGGAUGCAGCUGGCUGUUACCAUGGACAACAAAGCCAAGGGCAAGCGGAUCGUCAGUGAGAAGCGCCCUGAGUGCUUCCCUGGCCCAGGCAGAGUACCAGAGCUGAGCGAGGAAGAGACAGACCACUUGGUGGCUUUCCGCCGGGGCAGGAGGAUGCAGAUUGCCAUCACCAUGGACAACAAGGAAAAAGCAGAGGAGAGGAGAACAGCAGAGAAGAGGAGAUCAGACAGCGACAGAGGCCCAGAGAGUGAGCACAGCCGCAAGGAUGGUGGAAAGUCAGUCCAGAAGAGCCCUGGAGAGCUGAGUUUCCCCAUGACGGGCCGGGAGCGCUCGGAGUACAUCCGCUGGAAGAGGGAGCGAGAUCAGAUUGACCUGGAACGACUGGCACGUCACAAGAACGCGAAGGGCGAGUGGCGACGCGCUUGGGAUGUGGAGAAGUCGGAGCACAUGUUUGAAGAGGACUUUGUUAAGGAUGGGGAGCCAGCCUUGGAUAAUCCCAGCAAUAAGAAAGGGGGAAGAAACGCAAGGAAAUUCCACCACAAGUCCUUUCCUCCGAACGGGAGAGGUGGAGGACAGCACGGAGUGAAUGUGAGCGAUCCUGGGCCCAAAGCAGUACCGGCCACGAGCAGCCGAGCCAAAGGGAAGGACAGACUGACGGGCAGAGCCAGGAGAUGGGAUGCAAAAGAAGGCGAGGACACGUCUUUUCCGAAGGAUGACCUUGACAGCCAGAGGAGCCUGAGGAAGAGCAGAGGCGAUGAGGGCGCGGAAGAGAACUGCACAGCUGAGCUGGGGGAGAAGGUGAAACAGUCAGGCCUCCAAGAUCAUGGGGCCUCCUCAUCACAAAGGCUACAGAGCGGAAAGGUCCAGUCUACCCACGAUGGCCAGAAGGAGGAGCAGCGAGGAGCCAAGGGCUGCAGCACAGAGGUGUCUGUGGCCAGCACAGGUGACUCAGAGCCAGGGCCUGAGCCCAGCAAGGACAGUGUUGGGGAAGAAGCCAGUGGGAAGCCUGGCACUGCUGAUGUGUCCCAGGAGCAGGAGGGCGCUAACAGCACGGCUUCUGUACAAGCCACCAGGCGUGGCAGUGAGGAGACCUUCUCAUUGCCUGGGGAAGAGAAUUUAGAUGGAGCUGGCUUAGAGAAAAACACAGCUUCAGAACAGGAGUCUGCUGAGGACGCUUCAAACAGCCACGGAGGAAAGCUGGACACAGCAGCAGGAGAUGGACUGCAUGCAGAUCAAGGACAGCUGGGGAGAAAAAGAAGGGAGGAAGUGACCCAAGAUGCUGCUCUUCAGGAGCAGACACUUGCACUGCAGGGAGGUGAAGAUGCUGGAGGCACUGACCGCAGCGGAGAGCCUUUGCCCCCAGGCAAAGCCAGCUCUGACCAGACUGGUGUGUCUGAGCAGGACAUGGCAAAGUCACAGCCCGGGGAAGGGGAGCAGCCUGAGGAUUGCAAGGACAAGGACAGUGGGGUUGCUCUCAACUAGCGAAGAUUGCACUGGCUUGCCUGAGACAGAAGGACACCGUGCUGAAGGCGGUGGAUGAGAAGAGGAGCACGAGCUUGUCCUCGCUCUUUGACCUUCUAUGAAAUCAGCUUUCAGCAUCCUCCCUGUGCCCUUCAGCGCCCACUCACAACACGUGGGGUCCCCCGUCACCAUCACCCCUGCUUGGUUUUGGCAUUGCCCUUUCCUCUCCAUGUGCCAAAGGACAGGGAAGGCUACACACACUCCCAACCUACAAAGAACAUACUGCCACUUCUCUUUUGUAUUUAUUUUGCCUAUAUUGCAGUUGUGUGGCAAGCCAAUGAAAUGUCUACUGGAUGCACUUUAUUUUAUUUAAUAACUAAUUAUGUUUAAAGUUAAGGUUUAGGUUUCUGGGCCCCCCCCAGAGGCCGGCAGGGAAGCAGCUGUGCCGGAGGACGGCAGUGGCUGUGCGAGCUGUCCCUCGCUAUCAACAGAGCUUUAGGAGACAGGGUGAGAGGCGUUACGUUGUAGUUGGGUAGGAGGGUGAAUAAGCAGUGUUCGGAGCAGCUCUCGUGCGCGGGGUUUGUCGGGGGUUGAGGUGCUGGCAGAGGCGGACGGCAGCUGUUCUGGAGCUGCGCUGUGGGGGCAGGUGCUCGCAUCCCGCCCGGCGUCUCCGCCACACACAGCUCGCUUUCCUCCUCCGGUUAGGGGUGUAGGGCACAAACAGCUGAACCAGCACAUCGGGAGGGGGCUUUUUUCUAAGCAAGAUGGCUGCUGGGUUGAGCAGGUACGCACGCACCCCAGCAAAACACUCGCCCACUUUGUAAAGCCAGGAAGGCUACAGUAGCUGGAGACACUUGGAGCUCUGUGUGCCAAGCCGGGCAAGGGGGAGGACAGCACAAACGCAAUAAUCUUCCUUCUCCACUGCCCUGCCCGAAGGAGUCAGCAGCAGGACCCAGGCCCAGUGGGAGCUGAGGGUCUAAGGCUUCCUAUCAAAUGCUUUCACCUUCCUGGUUGUGCCUUUCGUAGCCUUGUGCUUGAACAAGAGGGCAGCAGUUCCCCUGGAAGCUGCCAUACAGACAUUUUGACUUGGCCUUAAGAGAAACCUUCCAAAUCAAGAACCCGCAUGAGCACUUACAAGCAUAAAUGUGCAAGAAUCGCAGCUGCUUGGAUUUCCAGCAGCUAAGAGACUCACAGCAGACUAGGACCUACCUGAAACAGGGCUACUGAGUGAGGAGAAGGCAGGGACAAGGAGUAACACAACAGAAUUUCCGACUUGUGAAUGACAGAGCAGAGAGGAUAUCAGGCUCAUUUUGAAGUGUUGCUCUACAACUUAAUGCAGGAGCAAACGUACAUGCAGACACAUAUGCAUGGAGACUUGCUGGAUUUCAUUGCGGGACGCAUUUGCUCACCAAAUCGGCAGACUGCCUUGGUGAGACGGUUGGCACGUGUGGACUGAAAUACUGUACUCUGUUCUAAUAAACUAAUAUUUGCACAGAUGAA